AUGGCCAUGUCCUGGUACCCUGGCAAAACCACCGUCGAGUUCUUCCACUCGGACGAACCACUCAUCCUCCCCUCCAAAUCGGACUCAGGCCCUCCCCGCGCCCUCCCGGAACUGGUCAAGGACGCUGUCCCUCCUUGCUCCCUCAACCCACUCCUCUUCAACGGCCACCUCCAAACCUUCUGGACAGCAUCCAACCGGGGAGGCCCACCAAUCCAUUACAAACGCCGCGUCUUCGAGUCCAACGACUCCCGAUUCGCUGGACACUUCACCGUUGACUUUGCCACCGCUCCUCCGCCUGAAGCAGGCAAAGCGAAGGAUGGCGGGCCUGAGGAUGAAGGGCUCCGCGAGGAUCCGGUGGGAAUAGGACAUCACCGCCUCCCGCCUCGGACGACCUACUUUACGAACAAAGAGGUCGAGAAUCUUGGUUCUGAGGACACGAAGCCACUUAUCAUUGCUUUGCAUGGUCUGAGCGGUGGCUCGUAUGAAGUCUACCUUCGCCAUGUGUUGGCGCCGCUCCUCGCCCAGACUGCUGAAGGCGAGGCAGCGGGUGGGUUGAGCGGAGCUGACUGGGAAGCGCUUGUCGUCAACAGUCGCGGGUGCGCUGGCUCAAAGAUCACGUCGAAUAUCCUGUACAAUGCUCGUGCAACGUGGGAUGUACGGCAGGUGGUGAAGUGGUGCAGAGAGAUGUGGCCGAAGCGGCCGCUGUAUGCAAUUGGCUUCUCGCUUGGUGCGAACAUACUUGCGACUUAUCUCGGCGAAGAAGGCUCCAACUCCGUCCUCUCCGGCGCCAUCAUCGUCUCCAACCCCUGGAAACUCGAAGUCUCCUCCCUGGCCUUGCAGCGCACAUACAUGGGCAUGGCGGUCUACAGCAAAGCCAUGGGCGACAGCAUGCGCAAGCUAUUCAACACCCACGCCGACCAGAUCAAGCACAUUGACGGCGAGAAAAUUCAGCAAAUCAAGUACCUCCAUGAGUUCGACGAGGAGGUACAGACUAAGACCUGGGGCUAUCCAACUGCAGGAGCCUAUUAUCGCGACGCGUCGAGCGCGGAUAGUGUGCUGGCGAUCCGGACGCCGACGCUGUGCUUGCAUGCGCGAGAUGACCCGAUCGCUUGUGACGAGGCCGUGCCAUACGAAGAGAUCCAGCAGAACCCGUAUGUUGUAAUGUGUGCGACGGGCGGUGGCGGGCAUCUGAGCUGGUUCGAGUGGGGUGGCGGGCGGUGGCAUGCGAAGCCCGCUGUGGAGUUUCUCAACGCGAUGGCAAAGGGCGUUGAUUCGUCCAAGAUCGAGAUGCCGAAAGCGAUGAGUGAGCUGCCAGCUAAUCCUGCUGGCCAUAAAAUGCCGUUCGUGUUCGAACCGAUGCGCCGGAAGUGCCAUCUCGCAGACGGCGAGCCAUAG